CCGCUUACGAGGGAGGGGCCGACACAGCCCUCAGCGGCUCAUGACGUCAGCAGCAAUCAGCGGCCGCUUCUGGGCAGUAACGGUAGUAUCUGGAGGAGGAAGCUGCGAUGAGCCUCAUCAAGGAGUACCGUGUGGUUUUACCCUGUAGUGUUGAGGAGUAUCAAGUGGGCCAGCUGUUCUCCGUGGCUCAAGCAAGUAAAAAUGAGACCGGUGGUGGUGAGGGUAUCGAGGUUCUUAAGAAUGAGCCCUAUGAAAAAGAUGGAGAGAAAGGACAGUACACACACAAAAUAUACCACAUAAAGAGUAAAGUCCCAGCGUUUGUCAAAAUGUUUGCUCCCGAAGGCUCUCUGGUAUUCCAUGAAAAGGCCUGGAAUGCUUACCCCUACUGCAGAACCAUUGUCACGAAUGAGUAUAUGAAAGACAACUUCUUCAUUAAGAUUGAGACAUGGCACAAACCGGACCUUGGAACACAAGAAAACGUGCACAAACUAGACAGCUCCACAUGGCAGAAUGUAACUGUUGUGCCCAUUGACAUUGCAGACCGAAGUCAAGUGUCCACUGCUGACUACAAACCAGAUGAGGACCCUGCCAAGUUCAAGUCCACUAAAACUGGCCGAGGACCCCUCGGGCCCACCUGGAAGAAAGAGCUGGCCAGUAAGACCGACUCUCCAAGGAUGUGUGCCUACAAACUGGUCACGGUCAAAUUCAAGUGGUGGGGUCUGCAGACCAAAGUGGAGAACUUCAUCCAUGAGCAAGAGAAGAGGAUCUUCAAUAACUUCCACCGCCAGCUCUUUUGUUGGAUUGAUAAGUGGGUGGAGUUGACCAUGGAUGAUAUUAGGCGGAUGGAGGCAGAGACACAGAGGGAGCUGGAAGAGCUUCGCAGGCGGGGAGAAGUACGAGGAACUACGGCUUCAGACAAGUGAAGAGGCAAAGAAUUUUAAACUCCCACAACGACGGCUAAGAGGCCUCCUUUGGUGCCUCUGCUUUACCACAGCUGAUCUAAGCGGUGGUGGGGGGGGGGGGGAAAGCUACCUGCAAUCAAUAGAGCAGAUCCCUGAAUUGCAUCCAAUCAUAGACAUUCUAUAUAGUGAGGAAUUGAUUUCUAGAAAGCAACCCGAUCCCAGCUGAGUAAGGCCAGCUAUCAGCAUCACGUUAUUGACGAGUCCUAACCUGCUGGAGAGAUAUGAAGAGCGUCUUCUAGUGGAUACAUUUGUACAAAAGAAUUCAUUGACAUGAUUCCACAGUGACCGAUGUUGGACCAAAUAUCUAUCCUGUUUAUCAUUUCCUGUUCCCUGCAUAAGAUUCCUCUGAAGAUGAAGCCACUGUCCGCUCCUUGGUCUAAACGGCUCACACUGGUUUCUCAUUCCCCGCCAUGAGGCUGUCAGUUUGUCAGACUCGUGUUCCUUCCUGCCACAGACUCCCAUUUAGAGAUUACUAACACCCAUGGCGCCUCGGCCCAUUGUAAUCCUUCCCCCAUCACCCCCACCCCCCCUUCCCCAAAGCACUGCAUCUUAUUAACACAGACAAUCGUGCCCGUACAGGUAUUCACUCUUUAACGGAUUCAAUAGAAGCGCGCACACACACACACACACACACACACACAACACACACACGCACGCAUACGCACACACACGCUGCACAUACGUCGCUCUGCGAGGAUGAACGUGGUAAUUAAUUCUCACACGUACACUCACAGGUGUGGAUGCUUUUGCGGUGACUGAUCUCUGAAAAUCUCAAGCUGGGCAGAUCCGUGCAAGCUUGUUCAGUCAAGGGAUGCUACUUUGGAAGUGUUUACACCUCCCUCCCCUCCCACACACACACACGCACUAUUUUAAAGACAUUUUCACAUACCAUACACAACCGCAUUCACCUUCCUAACGAAAGUCCCCAGAGGAAAACAAAACGACUGAAAAACAGCCACAGAUGGCGCUUCACCCCUUGAGCCUCUUGUCACAAGCUAAACUGCAUCGCCAGCCCCCCCCCCCCCCCCCAGAGGCCUGGCUCACUCGUCUGGUUCUCGUUGGUAGACGGUUCCUGAAAGGCGUCCUCUGUUCUCCUACAUCCCGCGUGUGUUUACAAAAUGUCUACGAGCCGUACCAGUGCCCAGGCGACCACCAGCACCUCGCACUUCUUGCCUUAAUCGCAGAACCUAUUAUUAUUAUUAUUAUCAUUAUAACGAUUGUACCUCCGCUGGCAGCUGUUGCCCCAGCUGCCUCCCACUUUUCUGACCGGCCACUCUGACACCUAAAGGUUGGAACAAGCUUUCUGGCCGCUACGACUAAGAGCUUUUUGAGCAAAGUGCUUUGUGAUGACUUAUUUUCUUCUGGUGGGUAAAAUUGCACGUGACUCUGUUGCGUUUCCUGUCGCGGCGACUGAGCCAGCGCGUUUCCUCCAGCAAGAAAAGAAGGGAGAAAAAAAAACAAAAGUAGCAGCCGGAAUAGCUUGUUCACUGCUGUUGGUGCAAAUAGCUGCAGAUUUACAUCUUUGCCCCAGAUCAGCCAUAUGAUUGUUAUGUGUUAAUGAAUCUUCUACUUCAUAGUGAAGGCUUCACAAUCAUGUGUUACCUGCCCACAGUGUUGGUCGUCACUAGUCACAUAUAGUGCAAGUGGUUGACCCUUGUAAUUUGUGUUUUUGGUUUCUAAUUCGGCAGUGUCCUAACUUGUGCAGCAGGAAGUGGGGAUGUUCUAUUUUCCAUAUGUUUCUUUCAAGACACGCAUAAUGAAAUAAUCAGGGUUCAGAGAUCCAAAUGUUUGUUGUCUGUCAAUCACAUGAAGAAGUGUGAUCACUUCUCAGUAAUGAGUUAUUGGCUUGUCCAAAGAAUAAAUGGAUUUCUAAUGUUUACAUGAAUUCUGCAUUUGUAUGCUGGUAAUAUAGGAACAUUUGGAAGGCAACAUUUUUCUUCUCAGGUCAACGAUACAACACAUAUAUAUAUAUAUUUUUUAUAUUGUUGCUCAUCAGUUGCCCAAAACCACAGAUUUCCAUACACCACGCUGUAUCCUUUUCUCUGGGGAGUUUGGUGUCCCAACGGGGAGUGGUUGUAAUAUAUUUUGUUUUAUGAGACUGCCAGUUGGUCGGUGUUACUGUACUUUGAUUGUUGUCAUGUCUUAAGGAGUGAAGAGUAAGACACAAUUGAUCCUCAAUGUAAUCAAUGAUUUCACACCUGUUUAAAUUUCUGCGGUUCCUCAAUCAACUGUUUACCAUCAGUUAAGACAAUGAUGGGGGGGGUGGGGUGGGGGGGGGAGAGAACUUGCAAACUGCAGUCUUCUCCUAAUUCAUGAAAUUUUCAACAGUUUUCUGAACCGCUUGCUUUUAAAAGUUUAUGAUCAGCUUUAGAGUCGGGGGACAUGGUGGUGAAUAUGAUGUUUGUGCCUUUUUUGUGUACCAUUAAAUUUUCAUAUUGUAUCUAAAUAUUGAAUAAAUGUCUGGAGAAAACAUU